GGUGGGAGGGUUACCCAACCAGUUGUUAUGCCAUCGCAUGACGGCUGGGUUGCGAUUGGCAUUCAUUCGUGCUCUGUGCAACGUUCUGAACAGAAGUUUUAGAAAUCGUCUGGAUUCGGGUCACACUGUGAAGUAAAAGUAAACGAUGCAGCUUUCACACGUCAUAGUAAUAUUCGCCAUGGCCGCUCUCUGCUUCGCUGAGACACAGCGGCCAGCUGUAUCGGACACCGCGCUCGAGGACGCUCUUAAUGACAAACGUUUUAUACAACGACAAUUAAAAUGCGCGCUCGGAGAGGCACCGUGUGACCCAAUUGGAAAACGAUUGAAAACAUUAGCACCACUGGUUCUUAGAGGCGCCUGUCCACAAUGUUCGCCCCAAGAAACCAAGCAAAUUCAACGGACCCUGUCUUACGUACAAAGAAACUUCCCUCAGCAGUGGGCUAAAAUUGUACGCCAGUACUCAGGAUAAUGACGUUAUAAUAUCUAUUAUAUUUAUUAUAGAUAAUUUAUGGAUUUUUAAUAUAUGAUUACAGAUUAUAAAUUUUAAAACGUAAUUUCUGAUUAGGUUAAAUAUUUUUACUAUGUACUUUACUAACAGAAAUGAGUUUAAAUUAUUUUAUCUGUAAUAUUCUCUCAUGUCCAAAGCUUUUAUUUUAAGAUAGCUUUUUAUUUCUACUGUGGUAUUGUAAGAGUACUUUUUCGUUUUUUGAUUAAGAAGUAGUUACGAAAGCUAAAUGUCAUACUUGAAAUAUCGUUCGUCUUCCAUUCAUUUGUACCUACCCUAAGUAUUAUUUAUGGUUAAACCCUACUUAAAGAAGUAAUAAAAACGAAUAUUAUUCAUUUAUUAAA